AUGCUAAACACAAACGCCAUUCACCACCACCACCACCACCACGACAACCACAUGAUGAUGGUUGAACAAAAGAGAAGACUUCAAGUUUUGACUGGUCAUCUCAUGCCACACACCACAAAUGAACAACAACAAGGAUUGAACGGUGGUGAAAUGUUGAAUUCAAAGGAAUUGAUGGUACAUGCCAAUUCUUGUUCUUCUUCUUCAUUCAUUUCAAAUCGAAGCGGAAUGGAUUUACCUUCGAAUGAAAGUCUUCGUCGUUACCAUAUCGAACUCAAGAGACAAGAUCGUCCUCUCCUUCCAAACACAAAAUCUCUUCAAGAAUUGAAAGCUUUCUACGCAAAGGACUCUUCUUCUCUUUCCUCUCGUUUGUUGCAAUCCAUGGAAGCUUCACUCUUUUCCAAAGGUUUCACUUCUUCACGUGAAAAGAUUUGGCAAGUUCUCGCACAAGAUCUCUAUGUGAUUGACAAUGAAUGGACAGUUCAUCAAUAUCGACAACAAUUGGAUUUGCAAUUUCAUGAAUUUAUGAAACAUCAACUUGUCACCACUGAAUUAAUGAAUGAAAACAUUUAUGCCUUUUUGGGAGCUGCUGAAGCUGCAUUGAGUUAUGAUGUUUCAUUUGCUGCAAAAUUGGUGGUGAGUUUACAACUGUAUGGAACGUGUAUUUACAGAUUGGGAACAGAGAAACAUCGUCACUUGUUGACAGAUUUGAAUCGAGCUCAAGAUAUUGGUUGUUUUAUGAUGACUGAAGUUGCACAUGGAUCGAAUGUGAAAGGAAUUGAAACGACAGCCACCUUUGAUCCUUCCACAAAGGAAUUUAUCAUUCACUCACCCACAAAAUCCUCUUACAAGUAUUGGAUUGGAAAUUCUGCAGUUUAUGGAACAAAAGCUUGUGUUUUUGCUCAAUUGAUUGUGAAUAAUGAAAAUAAGGGUGUUCAUGUGUUUGUUGUGCCCAUUCGUGAUCCCUUCACUCUCGAAUUAAGAGAAGGAAUCAACAUCAAAGAUAUUGGAGUGAAACAAGGAUGGAAUGCAGUGGAUAAUGGAUGUAUUGCAUUUGACAGAGUGAGAGUUCCAUUGGAUGCCUUAUUGAAUCGAUAUGGAGAAGUCACACCAGAUGGCAAAUAUGUGAGUGACAUUAAGGAUGAGGGAGCAAGAUUUGGCGUCACACUUUCUGCACUCUCGAUGGGUCGAUUGUUGUACAUUGCUGGUCCUACAUUUGCCUUGAAAGCUGGAUUAACGACUGCCAUUCGCUAUGCCCAUCAAAGACGACAGUUUGGAAACAAGAAUAAUUUGGAAAAUUUAAUUUGGGAAUAUCCCACUCAUCAUGAUUUAAUAUUACCCAUGCUGGCAAAUACGAUGGCCUUCUUUUCAGGUUUUACCACACUUUCAGACGAUUACACAAAAAGCAUUCGUGAUCACUCUGCUGCCGAAGAUUUUCAUGCCAUUGUUUCAGGUGUGAAAGCUUAUAUUUGUGAAUAUGCCACUCCUGCCUUGAGAGAAUUACGAGUGGCUUGUGGAGGUCAUGGAUAUUCGAAUAAUAAUAGAAUUGGAAUUUUAAUGAAUGACAUGUGUGUAUUUGGAACUGCUGAAGGAGAUUCCAUUGUCUUGUAUCAACAAUUAGCAAAAUAUUUGUUUGAUAAGGCAAAGAAAAAGUCAGCUUCUUCUGCAACCUUGAAAGAAAUCUUCACAGCAGAGAACAAGAUGGCCAAAAAUGCAGCAAGUGAUAUUUUGAAAUUUGACGUUCAAAAGAAGGUUUUGGCAUUUCGUGUGAAGAAAUUAUUGGAAGAAUGCAAUUCUCAAAUUGGAAAGCAUUUGAAAGAAAAGAAAGAUUUCCAAACAGCAUGGAAUUUGAGUUUGGUCAAAAUUAUUGAACUCGCAAGAAGUUUUGUUGAAUUGGAAUUGUUGUUCAGAAUGCAACAAGCUUUGUUGAAACAUGCCGUUGACAACGAAACUCGUGACAUUUUCAAAACCAUUUCUGACAUUUAUGCUGUGAGCAUUUUGAGACAAAAUCUCUCCUUCUACUUGAUUCAUCAAUACUUUGAGAUUGAAACUGCACAACUGAUCAUGGACAAGACUCUUCCAACUUUGUAUGAAAAAUUGAAACACAUUUCAUUGGACAUUGUGGAAUCUUUCAACAUUCCUGAUUUCUUGUUGAGAGCACCCAUUGGAAUUCACAACAAGAAGUAUGUUGAUAACACCUUGCAAAGCAUUGGUUUUUAUUAA